AUGGCCCAAGUCCUUCAAUCAACGUUAUCCUCCUUCCAGAAUCUCCUGUCAUGGACAAACAAUCCUUGCACGGAAUCCACCUCCUCUACGUCACCCCAGCAAAUCAAACUGCCGGACCUGAUCGCCGCUUUCCCCGAUGCUGCGCGCGGUUUUCGUAUUAACUCACUCUGUAAAGAGAUCUCGGAUGCUUCAGAUGAAUGGGCCGUGGAGGUGAUUGGUAAAUCCGACACACGAGUAAAGAAAGCGACUUCUGUGAAUAACUCGCGGGUGGUUUUGCCAGAACAACAUUCAGGCGCCACCAAUGCUGAAGGAAGCCAGGAUGAGACGCUAGACUUGAAGAUGGGACUCCUUGCAUCUAUGUGCUUUCCAUUCGUGGACCGGACUCAGUUAAGAAUAUGUAGCGACUUAGUGGUGUGGAUCGGACUCCUUGAGCAUCAUUUGGCUUGCUGUACGCUUGAGGCUGCUCUGGAUUGCAUCCACCAAUGCAGAAUCCUCGCCGAGAACGAGCCUGGCUUUUCAGACAUAAUUGACACUGGACUCCCAAAGGGUCUGCAAAGUAUACUUAAACGUCUUGAGCGAUCUCCUCAAUCCAACUAUGUAUACGACCGCGUCCGAUUAGCCGUGCAUGCCUACCUUAAGCGCCUCGCCCUCCAACUCUCGGAACCGACACGUGCCAUUUUACAAAACUUAAAGAGCUAUGUUGCGGAACAAAGGAUAGCAGGCUGGCACACACUGUUAUUCAUACUCAUCGAAUUUGCGCACGGACUUGAAAAGCUGCAAAGCGUGUUACAGAACAACGCCGCCGUCAGAUCUGUUGGAGAUGCGGCGGCAGACGCUAUAGUCUAUGCACUGGACAUCUUUGCAUGUGUGGGUGUCUUUGGCCAAGCGGGCGCACCUAUCCUUUCCAACACUAACUCAGUCACUAUACUCGCCCACGAGCAAAAGGUUGACCUAUCCCGGGCAAUUGAGCGUGUCGGGUCAUUUUGUGCAGACCGACUGCGAGAGUUCAGUAGCUUUCAGACAGCGCUACUCCAAGAAAGCUCGAAAUCUGGAGACCUGGAGACUGAGAUCUAUGUAAGAGGCCUCGGUCAUUGCAUACGAGGUGUGCUUUAUUGGGUAUUCGAGAGCGAACGAUACUUCGGACGAGAUGGAGGCUACAUUCGUAUGACAUUGGUGGUUGAGCGAGAAAGCAGUACGAGAAAUGAUGAACUAGAAGGUGGGGAUCUAGAAGAAUGAU